GAAAUAUACUAUUGUGUGCCAAUGGAAACCAAAUCACAAUACCCACUGCCCAGUCCUCAUCCAAUACACCCACACUUAUGUAUAAUCCAACGCAAGGACUGGUUUACGCUACGGCCGGCGUCGCAACUUCUGCGGCCAAUCACAGCACCGGCACUGAAAUACUCAUCAAUAAUAACACAUUUUCACACUUACAACAAUCACAACAACAACAACAGUCAAAGACCAGUAAUCAGACAUCGGGUGCCAAACGAGGAG